AUGCCAGUACACCCGCAUCUGGACAUUUUACAGUGUAAUGUCAACCACUCCGCUCGUGCCCAAGAUCUGCUCAUGCAAUUCACGGCGGAGCGCGGCAUCUCCAUAGCGGUGGUGGCGGAGCCAUAUUUUGUUCCUACCCAGAUAAACUGGGUGGGGGCCACAGACGGCAGGGUGGCCAUGGUGGUACCGGCGGUGGGGGACUCUCCGCCCCUUACGCCAAUAAUUCGAGGCCGGGGAUUCGCAGCGGCAAAAUGGGGUGAAACUGUAGUUGUAGCGAGCUACUUUUCCCCCAAUAAACCGCUUCGCGAUUUUGAGCGAUUCCUAGAAGAAAUAGGGAAUAUAGUGAGAAGAGCGAGCCCCAGCCAGGUGCUCGUAAUGGGCGAUUUUAACGCCAAAAGUGAGGCUUGGGGCUCGCCCCUCACAAACCCAAAGGGAGCUGCCCUAAGGGAUUGGGCGGUGGUAACGGGCUUGGUCGUCCUGAACCAGGGCAACGCCAAUACUUGCGUGCGACGGCAGGGGGGGUCUAUCGUGGACAUAUCGUUUGCGACCCCUGCCAUCGCCGCGCGUAUAUCGAAUUGGCAAGUUCUGGAGGAGGUGGAGACCCUUUCCGACCACCUCUAUAUACAAAUGAGGGUCCACAAUGCGCCGGUAGUCCCACCGAUGCCCGGCCGAAGAAGAAAUGGUUUCCCCAAGUGGGCCAUAACAAAGCUGGACCGCGAGAUGGCGGACGAAGCCGAGUGGAUGAGCGUGCCUCACGCCUCCGCGAAAGUCUACAAUCGAUAUGUGACGCGGCAAUGCCACGCGCCGGACGACCAACUGCCAGGAAGAGGGUGUACUGGUGGUCGGAGGAAAUUGCGGCCCUCCGUACCACCAGUAACGCGUGCCGCCGCGCAUUCAAUCGAUGUAGACGGAGGAGGCAUACAGAGGAGGAGGAAGAGGCAGCGUACCAGGCCCUCAAAACGGCAAAAGACGCUUUAA